AUGGAGUCGCCGGAAAUGGCAGCCGAAGAGUAUCGACUGACGCUCGCCGAGCUCAAAUCGAACAACAAGACGCAGAUUAACUUGCUCACCAUUUUGGCCGAAGACUACAAAGAAGCGGCUCCACAGGUACCCUAAUGUUUUCCUCGAAAAUCAUGAGAAAUGUCCUAAAAUCGGGGUUUCCUAGUAAAACCUCGAAGAUUUAACGGAAACAGUGAAUGUUCAGAUUGUGGACGUGCUGGAGAAUCACCUGACGACGGUGCCGCCGAUGCAGAAGCUGACGGUCAUGUACGUGUGCGAUUCGAUUCUGAAGAAUACGAAAAAGCCGCACGACUACGACAUGCUGUUCGGGCGCAAGAUUGUGAACAUGUUCGAGCACGUCUUCCGACAGGUACGCACCCAUUUUUAGGAUUUCCAGUGCAUUUUCAAUUUGCAGGGAGACGAAAAAGUGCGCAGUGCACUGUACAAAUUGCGUAUCACUUGGGCCUCCACCUCCAUUUUCAUGCCGUCGAAAUUGUACCAACUCGACAUGAAGGUGAGUUUCGAGUAGAAACGCGGGAAAAUGUUGCAAUUCAGAUCAACGAGAUGGACAGCGCGUGGCCGAUUUCGAACCCGCGGACCGGCCGUGCCCUCCGCGACGAUCCGACCGUGGCCCCGCCCACGCCGGCCACGCCGACUCCAGCCACUCCCACUUCUGGAGCAGUUUCCGCUUCCGCUUCCUCUUCACGCGUUUUCGUGAACCGAAAGUUCAUCGACGCGACGUCAUCGUCCGCGGCGGCCGGAAAACGGAUUGAAAAAACGGUAAAAAUAAAAGAGUUCUUCUCGAAUGUAUCAUUAUGUUUUACUCUCGUUUCCGCACUUUUCUCUGUCUUUUUUUUUCGAAUUUGCUCCGCAAAAGAAAACAUGUUCUCACACAUCGGUUCGUCGUCGAAACACCACAUUCUUCUUCUUCUUCCUUCUCAUUUUUUCGGGAAUCUAACAAAUGUCGUUAUUUUUCGACCGGAAGAAAUCGCGCUCCAUCGCACUAAUAAAUGUGUUGUCAGUUUUUUGCAUUGGAGCGCGAUUGCACACGUGUGGAAGCGGAUGGUUGGAUAAUAAUGAGAGAGAGAGAGAGGAAGAGAGAGAGAGAGUGGGUUGAAUUGUUGAUUUGGUUUCAGAAAACGACGAGUACACCGACGCAAGCGACCAAGGAAACGAAAGAACGCGUUCCGAAGCGGGAGCCGAAAAAGGAGACUAUCGAUCCGCUGUGAGUUGCAUGAUUUGAACGAAAAAUAGUUUUUAGGCGGAAAUUCAACUUUCCAGACAGAAAAUUUUGUUUUACCGUCUUUCUUCUAGGAAAUAAUAAUUUUGAGGAAAAAUGGAAGUUUUAGUAAUUUUCUAAAUUUUUCUCAAAGCGAGCUUUUGAAAAAGUACUGAAAACCGGUCAGUUACAGCGACAAGCUCCUGCCGACCCAGCCUCCGUCUUCCUCCGCCAAAUCGGCCUCCUCCUCCGGCCCGGCGAGCUCUUCGAAACGUAAAGCGACACCGCCGGAGCACACGAACGCGCCGAAUAGGAAGAAAUCACAGCCGAAGACGGCGGACGAGGACCUCCGAUCGGCGCCACGUCACCAGCCCCCGCAGGACACCGAUCUCAGAACCGUGCGACCACUCAAGUAGGCCCUUUUUCGCAGAAUUUUCUAGAUUUUGCAAGUAUUUCUCUAAUGCUUGCCCUCUUUCAGACCGACUUCGGUCGUCGGAUCGCACGCAUUCUCGGCGCCGGCCGUCCGUCCACCCAUCUUGCCAAUGCCGCCCACGCAACCGCUCGUCCAGCUGCCGUUCCCUUCGCAACCGUACCCGAUCCCUCCGAUUCCUGCGGUCUACCACGCCCAGCCACCGAUCCCACCGUCCUCCGCGGCGCCGCCGGUCCCGUUCCUGCAUCGGAACUCGCCCCCGCAGGAUCCGACGCCGAUGCGAAUGGCCCCUGCUCCGAUGCCUCAACAGAACCAGUACCAGCAGCAAGGAGUGCCGCCCGAGAAAAACAUUUACGCGUCGGAGACGACGAAGCUGGACGUGCCGGCAAACAACCGCAUCUUCGUGGAGGGCAAGGCGUACGAGGUGAUGUUCGUGGACGACGUGGCGGUUAUAGAGCGGGCCGGCGCGCCGCACCGCAUCUACUUCGCCGGCAAUCCGCGCAACUUGAUCAUCGACGGCGUCGCGCACAUGGUUCCCUUCGACACGCCCACUAAAAUCGACAUUCAGGGACAGACGCACGUGUUCCGAUACGGCGCCCCCUCACGCGAACUCUACAUUGGCGGAUUUCCGUUCAAGGUGAGCACUUCGCAGCUUCAAAUCUCAAUGUUUUCUACGAAUCAAUGUUUUCAGGGAUCGUUCGGCGGUGCUCCGAUCGUGGCGACAAUCAACGGCCGCCGGCACGAGAUCCGGCUGACGGGAAGCGCCCCAGAAGUAAAGAUCGAGCCGGAGCCCGCGUAUCACUUCACGCGGUACCUGCACAAGAUGCGGGAAGAGAAGAAGAUCGAGAUCAAGGCGGAGAACCCGAAAGACACGGGCCAAUGGCUCGCCUACCUCAAGAACCUGCAGAAGACGGGCAUUUUGCCGCCCGUCAAAACUGAAUCGCCCCGCGGAACGCCGCCCCCGCAGACCAACAAUGUACGCUCAUUUUUUCGACGAUUUCUUACAAAAAACCGCUCAUUUUUCAGCAGCACCGAGGCGGCCGUCACAACCAGAAUAACCGAGGUCCGAACCAAGGAAACCACCAGAAAUGGGGUCCGAACGGCGGCGGAAAGGCGACGAUGAUGCCGGAGACGGCGCCAUUGGGCGUCGAGAAAAGACACGUUCCUCCGGCGGCGAUCACCGAUUUCAACAUCCGACUGCUGCAGAUCCGCUACGAUUCGGUCGUCGAGCAGCUGACGACGAAGCGCGCCGACGCGUGCAAGUUCUGCGGAAUGCGGCUCGACGACUCGCAGGGCCGCUCGAAAGACUGGCAGGACCAUAUGGACUGGCACGUGAAGCAGAACCUCGCGAAGGUCGGCUCCGCGGGCGCUCAGUACCGGCUCUGGUAUCCGCUGGCCGCCGACUGGCUCACCGAACGCGCCGCCGAACAGCCGAGCAAAAAAGUGAAGGAGGAACGGGAGGAGCCGCUGCCCGGAGUGGCCUCGAGCGGAGUGACAGCCAAGGAGUGCGCCGUCUGCAGGGAGAAGUUCGACGAGUAUUUCGACGACGACGACGAGACGUGGCGCUUUAGGGACACUGUCACUGUGCACGGAAAGGUACCAUUCUUGAGGAUUUUGUCGAUAAAACCGUUUAGAAAAGUAAUCUGUACGAUUUGAGAACGAGAAAAAAGAAAACAACGAGGAUUUUCGUUGAAAUUUCAAGCAAAAGCAGAACAAUUUCGCCAUUUUGCAGGUAGUACACGCUUCGUGCUCUUCGGACGCUUCGAGAGACGUGCAUGGCGACGUGGCGGACGAAAUUCCGAUCAAAGAGGAGCCCAUGUGGGAAGAAUCGGAUGAGCUGGACGAGAAGGACGUCAAGAGAAUAAUUUCAAACUUUGCCGAGAAAAACGCACUUUCAACUCGUUAA